AUGCCUUUAUUACAACCAUCCACUUGCUUCUGCUACCCUUUGAAGCUUCCGCCAUUACCACUGACUUCCGAUUCCAACGAGUUUGAUGAAUGCGCCAGGAAAAGGUUAACGCUGGACUAUAGAACAGGUUCAGCGGUGACGCUAACAAGGUCUAAUAUAUUUGUACAUGGUGGUCUAACCAUCCCGUUGAACCUGCCAGUUGUAAAUUCUAUGCAAUUACAAAAGGAGCUUAUUCUCUUUUUUGCAAAGGAAAAAAACAACGGUAGUUCUUUUAGGAAUUUAAACGAGUGGAUAAGUAAGGAGACGUUUUUCUUAGACUUGAUGUCUAGAACCUGGUACAGAGUCAAGACCUCCUUUGACCAAAGGACAGAGGAAUUAUUAAAGGCAGAGAGUUCUAGCGCCAAAGCAGAUAAUGACACAAACGAGAUUAGAACGGACAUUAAGAAAGGUAAAUCCCUUGAAUCUCCGCUCAAGGAGAGGCUAUUCCAUUCCUUAUGUUAUUUAGAUGGCUGUUUAUAUAUAUUUGGUGGUCUCACAGUGUCUCCUCAGAGCGGAUAUGAGUUGAUUGCUACCAAUGAGUUGUGGAAACUGGAUUUAAACACGAAGAAGUGGUCGCUUUUGAGUGAUGACCCUCAAAUAGCGAGAAGGUUCAACCAUACCAUGCAUGUAAAGAACGAAAAUAACGAUAAUAGAGACACGAAAUUAAUAAUUGUCGGAGGUCUUAAUAACAUGGAUCAGCCGGUCAAGAAAAUAGACAUCUAUAACAUCUCACAGAAUUGCUGGCAAUCCGAAACCAUACCCAAACAACCGAUGGAAAUCACUACAAAUGUCAAUGGCAUACCAUUAGCAUUAUCAAAGGAUCAGAAUUUUUCGAUUUUAGUUGAAAAUAAUGAGGCCAACGUUCCAGCGCUGGCAUUCUAUAUGAGAAGUGAUCAAAUAGACGAAUAUCUCGGAAAGGAUUCAUCAAAGAUAAAGGAGAAUUCGCCUAUAGUGGCGUUGCCGCUAUUGUCUGAAUCGCAAGGUAUUAGAAUGCCCUCAAACCCGGCAUUACCGAAAAAACUAUUGAAUGUUCCGUAUGAGCUAUUAGCACCGACAGGUGACUAUUUUGGAUUCAAUAUCAUAAUCGGUGGGUUUCAUCCAAAUUACCAAUCCUCUAACUUUCAUUGUUUUAUAUACGAUAUUAACUCCGGAAAGUGGUCACGAGUCGCUACCGCCUGCCCUGACUGCGAUAUCAAUAAACAUCGAUUCUGGAGGGUAUUUGUUUGGAAAUCGCAUCAUCAGACGAUUUUGUUGGGUACCAAGACUGAUGAUUAUUAUUCACCCAGUGUACAAAGAUUCGACCAUCUUUCCACUUUUGGAUUACCGCUGGUAAAUAUUUUUAACAAGACGAUCCAAUUACCCCAUCACAAGAUCUCAGCUUCGUCUUUACCAAUACCCAUAGAAAAUUUUGCGAAGCAUAAGGAUACUCCAUUAAAAAAGGUGAGCUUCACUUCAUCAGCUACCUCCCAAUUUGAAAACUACAUUAGAUAUAUAGCUCCGCCCUUGGAAAUGUCUUCUAUCCAAUCUGUGUUUCCACCGUAUGCCAUGGUUCUAGGUAAAGACGCUUUAGAGAUUUACGGGAAGCCUCUUUCUGAUUUUGAAUUUAUUACUAGUGAAGGUGACUCCAUUGGUAUACCAUGCUAUUUGCUGAGGAAAAGAUGGGGCCGUUAUUUCGACAUGCUUUUAUCCCAGAGUUAUACAAAAGUUUGUGCUGAUUAUGAAACUACUGAUACGCAAUCUACACUAAUAAAAUUUUCACCACAUUCAUCUAGAAACAGUUCUAAAGCUGUGAGGCAAGAAGGUAGACUCUCUUCAUCGGGUUCACUGGACAAUUAUUUCGAAAAAAACUUCCCAAUCUUUGCGAGAACAAGUGUUUCCGAGGCCCAGAACACACAACCUCAGGUAGCGAAUGCUGAUGCGAAAGCUCCAAAUACACCUAGUACGUCAGAUGAACCAAGCUCUUCCUCCUCUUCCGAUUUAUACUCCACUCCUCAUUACCAACGUAAUAAUGAUGAAGAGGAUGACGAGGACCCGGUUUCCCCGAAGCCUGUAUCAAAAUCAAACAGUAUCUAUAGACCCAUUAGAAAGACAGAAAGUUCAUCAACAACGAGUUCUUCAAACGGUAUGAUUUUCAGAGUACCUUUCAAGGAAAAAGCGGCUGUAACGUCAAACACUGAAGCCCUCUUGGAGUCAAACCUUUCACUUCAAGAAUUGAGCCGAAGAAGAUCAUCACUUAUGAGCAUCCCGUCUGGUGAACUUCUAAGGUCCUCUAUAUCUGAAGCGGAACAUCAACGUCGUGCAUCUCAUCCACUCACUUCAUCACCGCUCUUUGAAGAUAGUGGAACCCCUUGCGGCAAACAACUGCAACAACUGCAACAACAUACUAUACAAAAUCCUCAUAACCAUUUGUCGCCCCGGAGGUUUUCAAGAAGUGCAAGAAGUUCAAUUUCCUACGUGAGUUCUUCUUCCGAUAGACGUGGAAAUUCAAUUUCUAGCAGGAGCACAAGCGAUAGCUUUGGAACUCCACCAGUUUUGGGCGUUUUGAAUGUACCAUUACCUCCUCAAACAAGAGAACCUAAUGAACCACCUCCACCAUGUCCUGCAAUGAGUACCGGCUCAAAUACAAGGCGAAGCAACACCUUAACGGAUUAUAUGCAUUCUAACAAGGCUAGCCCGUUUUCUUCUCGUAGAUCGUCGCAUAUCGGUAGACGUUCUAGUACACCGGAAACGGAAAACGCAUUCUCUGCAACACCAAGAGCAUCCUUAGAUGGUCAAAUGUUAGGAAAAUCUUUGAAGGAAGGUUCUACAUCACAGUACACACAGCCAAGGAUGAACUCUUUCCCAAAGGCUAAUGAAACCAUACAAACACCCACAUCAUCAAACAAUGAAUGGAGCCGUCAAUCCGUUACUUCAAAUACAGAUAGUUUUGACAGUUUGCAAUCUAAUUUUGCGUUAGAGUUGGAACCACUUUUAACACCGAGGUCACUUUAUAUGCCUUGGCCAACCUCCACAGUUCGAGCAUUUGCGGAAUUUUUUUACACUGGGCAAGUAAACAGUAAAUGGCUUUUGGCACCAGUUGCUCUUGAUUUAUUAGUAAUGGCCAAGAUUUAUGAAAUACCAUUACUGUAUAAAUUGAUCCUUGAAGUUUUAUAUUCGAUUCUGGCUAAAAAAGAAGAAAGUUUAUCCUUAAUAUGUACUUCGUUAAUGGAGACCUUUCGCACCAAAACUCUGAACUCCUAUAAAGGUGAUGAAGAAAAAACAAAUACUUAUUUGACUUCAAACGAUAACUAUCAGGAACUGUUGAAAUUAAAAGUGUCGCUGGAGAAUAUCGACAAUGGGUAUUAUGACCCAGAUUUGUUACGCAAACAGUCAAGAGCACAGUCUUCAAGCACACAAGAAAGCAGUGGUAGUGCAAACGGCGAAAAAACUGCAACUGGCGCUGGCUCUCUGGAGACUUCUUCAACCAAUGUCCCUACAGUAUUUGCUGGCGGUCCCAGAGAUAGCCACAAUUCAGUAGGCUCCAUUGGUUUUCCAAACAGUAUGAAUAUACAAGGCUCAAGAAGAUCGACAUCAGGAUUUUCUCCACGCGUUAAGAUGAAAUCGAGCUUAAGCAAGGAAAUAGAUCCCAAAACUUUUUAUGAAGAGUACGAACCAAAAGAGGGCAAAAGUUUUGAUGAUAACGAUGAUCAACAAACCAACAUCGGAAGUUUUAACCUUCAUUUGUUUGAUAUGAAUUAUGGUUCCAUCAGCAGCAGUAGCACUAACAGCAUUAGUAGCAGUGAUUUAGAAGAGAAAGAAGAACAAGAGCAACUUCAAGAUUUAUUGGAAAUAGAAAGAGAAGAUUCUGCUGAGAUCUUAGACGCAAGAUUCAGAAACAAAGAAGAUGAUAAAGUGACGAAGGAUAUAUCAAAUGACAAGAAACGCAAUUACUUACCGCAUGAAAAAAAUAACUUGAAAGCCAAGGAAGGUAAGGAAACUAGAGACGUAAGGGAGGAGGAGGAAGAAUUCGAUUUUGGUUUGGGAAUGCUUUCGCUCAAUAAAAUAAAAAGAGAAGCCAAGCAUGUCGAUAAGGUGGACGAUUCUGUAGACCCUUUAUUUAAAUCAUCUGCUUUCCCUCAAAGUCCCAUUCGAGCAUACGGGUCUACCACAAGAACUAGUUCGGCUUCUGGAAAGCCAUUCAGGGACAAUCGUUCAUUUAAUGCAUUUUCUGUUUUGACAUUAGAAAAUAUGGCGUCUGCAAAUGCCCUACCUCCCGUUGAUUAUGUCAUAAAAUCAAUAUACAGAACCACUGUGUUAGUGAACGAUAUCAGACUAAUGGUUCGUUGCAUGGAUUGCAUUGAAUUAUCUAAAAAUUUACGAGCGCUCAAGAAAAAAACUAUGGAAGAUAUUUCGAAAUUGAAAGGCAUCUCUAAACCGUCACCAUAG